AUGAAAUCCGCUCUUUCGACCCUGCUGAUCAUCCUCCUUGCGGCGCUGGCCGUGCCUGCGUCCGCGCAGUCGUAUGAAGAGCAGAUGCGGCAGGCGGCGGGCGCCUACGAACGCAAGGACAUGGCGACCGCGGCGCGCAUCUGGAAGGUCUGGGCGGGAAAGGGCGAAGCAGAAGCGCAGACCCUGCUGGGCGCGAUGUACUGGAGUGGCGAGGGCGUGCAGCGAAACCUCGACGAGGCGGCGCGCCUCUAUCUUGCGGCCGCCAAACAGGGAUAUGCGCGCGCCCAGAACAAUAUCGGCUUCAUGCUGGGCUUCGGCGAAGGCGUCCCGCCGCGCGAUGACAUCGAGGCCUACAAGUGGAUCAAGCUGUCGAUCGACGGGUACACGGCGAAGAACCAGGACCGGCUCGAUCAGGCGCGUAAAGACCUCGCGACCCUCGCUGCGCGCAUGAACCCUGCGCAAAUUGCCGAGGCGGAAAAGCGCGUCCGGGCAUGGAAACCGACGGCCAAGAUGAGGUAA